UUUAGCAGCACUGUGGAGUCAUACAUGCCGAGUGGAACUAAUGAAAAUGUCCUCUUUAAGUUUCUUGUUGCGUGCGGAAGUUUACCAGGAGGCCACUGUGUUAACAGCACAACAGAAGUAGCGAAAUGACCUCCUCUUUAAGCCUUGAGCGUCCAAAAAGACACUUGAAGACGUCGAUUUUGUUGGUUCCACUCCUGCAGCUCCUUGGACUCUGCAGUGCUGAAGGAUUUGCCUCACUGUAGCGCAUAAUUCUGAGAUUAGAGUCAGAAUUCUGAAAAUAAAGUCAGAAUUCUGAGAUUAAAGUCAGAAUUCUGAGAUUAAAGUCAGAAUUCUGAGAAUAAAGUCAGAAUUCUGAGGAUAAAGUCAGAAUUCUGAGAUUAAACUCAGAAUUUUCUAUGACCUUUUUUUUUUGUCCAUGGCCCUAAUCCUCUUCCGUACUACCCAGCUUGGAAACCACAGAAAAAAAAUGUUCCAGUCAGCAGACCAAUCAAAAUCUUCGUCCCCUUUAGUGGAAAAUCUACACAACUCACAACAUCUUCAAUGCAAAGCUGUGAACGCAUCUACAGAGAGAAACAUUUGUACUCUUUACCGUUCAUGACCACAUCACUCAUGGAUCCUCUGCACAUCAUUAUGCCUCUUCUCUGGGGAGCAGUUUCCUGCAGUUUUAACUGGACUUCUGCAUCAGUGUCUGAGGUGACAGUCAGACGUGGAGACAACAUCACUCUCUAUUGUGACUGUAAAAUGGGAGAUGGAGAACUGACUGUGUGGUUCAGAAACUGUUCUAAUGAGAACCACACUGUUCUAGUUCUAACUGCAGAGGCCUACUUCCAACAGUUUGGGAAAACUCGGUUUAUAUGGACAAAGAACAUUUCCUCUGAUUCCUACGACCUGACGAUCAUCAAUGUCACCUAUUCUGAUGAAGGAUUUUACUACUGUGCAAAUGAAAAAAAUAAGGUGGAAGACAAAAAACAAGUUAAUGUGAGGAGUUUGUAUAAUUACAGCAGUAUCAUCAGAAAAAUCUCAGUCAGUACCGAUUCCAACAGGCCUCAUAACUGUACCAGUGACAGUCAGCAGAACGAUGAUGUGUGCUGGAAGCUGCUCUUCUUCUCUGUGUGUCCGGCUGUUUCUGUUCUCUCCGCUCUCCUUUCUGUUCUGGUUUACAGGAUUUGUCAGAAAUCAGCUACAUCUUCUCAAAAUUCUGAAAGAAAAGAAAACUCGAGAAAUCUGACAAGACACACUCAAGAAAAGGAUGAAGAUGUGUGCUAUGCUGCUCUGGAAAUCCAACAGUCAUCUAUGAAACCACAGAGGAAGAGGACGACGACUCAGACUUCUGACUUUAGUACAUAUUCUACUGUCAAUAAGUUGUAGAACAUUUUCAUUAGUGGACAUCGGUGACCUUAUUCUGCAGAAAACUAAAGUUCUGUUGUAAGAAUUUCUCUUGUCUGGAUCUGAAUUGUAAAA